UUGAAUGAAGUAGGACCCACCUGGAAAAAGCCGCAGUUUACAGCUAUGAAUCUCUCCAUUCCCACAACGAAUUCUAGUGAUUCAAUUUAUACACAACCUCCCAAAUUAGCAUUUCUCUAUAAACCAACAACAAUCAGAAGCUGGUGCUCUGUUCAACUUCUGGCUGCCUUCUCCACAAUUUCUCGUUUGAAAGAUUUUGGACUGCUGUGUCUCUACCUGAAUUUUGAGUUCAUUUCAGAAGCCAACUGAUUUAUCAGCUUUUAGUCAAUCUUAUUCGGUUAAGGAGAUAGAAAUCUACAAAGUUGUCAUCAAAAGCUGUGGUUGAGGCAUGUCUAUUGGUAUUUCAUUGGUGGUUUUUCCCACCUCUGAGGUUUUCAAUGGCGUGGAUCCCGUUCGGGGUGGAAACAGGAUUCUUGAUUCGUUUAAGUCCAGUUCUUGGUGCAAAAAUGUGAUUAGCAAUGGCAGGGGUAUGAAGAAAAGGCAAAGCUAUAGCUCUAUGAAUGCAGAUUUAAGCUAUAGCUCUAUGAAUGCAGAUUUAAGGUAUGAGAAUGGAGGUGGACUCUCUCUCAGAUCAAGUAUGGUAGCUACUCCAGCAGGGGAAGUCGCCUUAACGUCUGAGCAGAUGGUCUACGAUGUGGUUUUGAAGCAGGCAGCCUUGGUUCAGAGGCGCCUCAAAAGUGACGAAGAUUUGGAUGUGAAGCCCGAUAUCCUUCUUCCUGGAUCUCUUGGCUUGUUAAGUGAAGCUUAUGAGCGUUGUCGAGAAGUUUGUGCUGAAUAUGCCAAGACAUUUUACCUUGGUACACUGUUGAUGACCCCCGAGAGACGGAGAGCUAUCUGGGCAAUAUACGUCUGGUGUAGGAGAACAGACGAGCUUGUUGAUGGGCCAAAUGCCUCACACAUAACUCCAAUGGCCUUAGAUAGGUGGGAAGCAAGGCUGGAAGAUAUUUUCAGAGGACGCCCUUUUGAUAUGCUCGAUGCUGCUCUAGCAGAUACUGUUUCCAGGUUUCCCGUUGACAUCCAGCCGUUCAGGGAUAUGAUCGAGGGAAUGAGAAUGGACCUGUGGAAGUCGAGAUACCAGAACUUUGAUGAGCUGUAUCUCUAUUGUUAUUAUGUAGCUGGUACUGUGGGAUUGAUGAGUGUGCCGAUUAUGGGCAUUGCACCCGAGUCCCAGGCUGCGACAGAGACCGUCUAUAAUAACGCUUUGGCGUUAGGGAUUGCUAAUCAGCUUACCAAUAUUCUCAGGGAUGUUGGAGAAGAUGCGCGACGCGGAAGAAUCUAUCUGCCUCAGGACGAGUUGGCACAGGCGGGGCUAACUGAGGACGACAUAUUUGCUGGGAAAGUAACCGAUAAAUGGAGAGCUUUCAUGAAGAAGCAAAUCCAGAGGGCGAGGAAAUUCUUCGAUGAUGCAGAGAAUGGUGUGAAAGAGCUGAGCUCCGCCAGUAGAUGGCCGGUGUGGGCGUCGUUGCUUCUGUAUCGACAGAUCCUAGACGAGAUAGAGGCGAACGGCUACAACAAUUUCACAAGGAGGGCUUAUGUUGGCAAACCACAGAAGAUUUUGGCUUUGCCACUUGCAUAUGCUAAGGCUCUUGUUCCUCCAAGAAGCUCAUCUUCUCUGCUAAAGAUUUGAUUGACAACUAUAUUAGUAUGUACAUGACAAAUCAUGGCAAUAAUUAACCUUUUUUUUUUGUUU